AUGCUGGGAAAGGGCAGUUUCCGUUAGCUGCAGAAGGCUGAGGCGCGCCACCGGCCACCUCCCCACGUGAAGCAGUUGUGCGAGCAUCGCCACGCUGGGCAGCUGUCUACCCGCGUCCGAGCGCUCCGGAAGCGGCGGGGGACCGGAAGUGGCCCGCGGAGGCUGCAGAGAACCGGGAACCCUCUGUGAGGCGACUGGCAGCAGCGCUACGACGGCGCCAUGUCCCUGAUCUGCUCGAUCUCCAAUGAAGUGCCAGAGCACCCGUGCGUGUCCCCUGUCUCUAAUCAUGUGUAUGAGCGGCGACUCAUUGAGAAGUACAUUGCAGAGAAUGGCACAGAUCCUAUCAACAACCAGCCUCUCUCAGAGGAGCAGCUCAUCGACAUCAAAGUUGCUCACCCAAUCCGACCCAAGCCUCCCUCCGCCACCAGCAUCCCAGCCAUUCUGAAAGCCUUGCAGGAUGAGUGGGGUUGGCCGAAUUCUCCGGCUCUCCCCCAGUCCUCACAGUGGCCUACCCUCUCCCAGGAUGCAGUCAUGCUGCACAGCUUCACUCUUCGCCAGCAACUGCAGACAACCCGCCAGGAGCUGUCCCAUGCUCUGUACCAACACGAUGCUGCCUGCCGAGUCAUUGCCCGGCUCACCAAAGAGGUCACUGCUGCUCGAGAAGCUCUGGCUACUCUGAAACCACAGGCUGGGCUUAUUGUACCUCAGGCUGUGCCAAGCUCACAGCCCAGUGUUGUGGGUGCAGGAGAGCCCAUGGAUUUGGGUGAGCUGGUGGGAAUGACCCCUGAGAUUAUCCAGAAGCUUCAAGACAAGGCUACUGUGCUAACCACGGAGCGUAAGAAGAGAGGAAAGACUGUCCCCGAGGAGCUGGUGAAACCUGAAGAGCUCAGCAAGUACCGGCAGGUGGCAUCCCAUGUGGGUCUACACAGUGCUAGCAUUCCUGGGAUUCUCGCUCUGGACCUGUGUCCCUCAGACACCAACAAGAUUCUCACUGGUGGGGCAGAUAAAAAUGUUGUUGUCUUUGAUAAGAGUACUGAGCAAAUAUUGGCCACUCUCAAAGGCCAUACCAAGAAGGUCACCAGUGUGGUGUUUCAUCCUUCUCAGGAACUGGUGUUUUCUGCGUCCCCUGAUGCUACUAUCAGGAUUUGGUCAGUCCCGAACACUUCCUGCGUACAGGUUGUUCGGGCCCAUGAGAGUGCAGUGACAGGCCUCAGCCUCCAUGCUACUGGAGACUAUCUCCUGAGCUCCUCUGAUGAUCAGUACUGGGCCUUCUCUGACAUCCAGACAGGGCGUGUGCUCACUAAGGUGACAGAUGAGACCUCCGGCUGCUCUCUUACCUGUGCACAGUUCCACCCUGAUGGGCUCAUCUUUGGAACAGGAACCAUGGACUCCCAGAUCAAGAUCUGGGACUUGAAGGAGCGUACCAAUGUGGCCAACUUCCCUGGCCAUUCUGGCCCCAUUACCAGCAUCGCCUUCUCUGAGAAUGGGUACUACCUGGCCACAGCAGCUGAUGAUUCCUCAGUCAAGCUCUGGGACUUACGCAAGUUGAAGAACUUCAAGACAUUGCAGCUGGACAACAACUUUGAGGUGAAGUCACUAAUCUUUGACCAGAGCGGUACCUACCUGGCGCUUGGGGGUACAGAUGUCCAGAUCUACAUCUGCAAACAAUGGACAGAGAUUCUUCACUUUACAGAGCACAGUGGCCUGACCACUGGAGUGGCCUUUGGACACCAUGCCAAGUUCAUCGCUUCAACUGGCAUGGACAGGAGCCUCAAAUUCUACAGUCUGUAGGCCCUAUGCCUUCUCACAGUUCUGGGCCUCAUCUCAGUAGUGGGUUAGAGUUAGAGGGUGGGGGUGGGGGUGGGACUUUAGGAGGAGAGGGAGGUCUGGUUGGGGGGGGACAUUCACAUCAUUUCAUUUUGGUCUGGAUGAUGGUCUGAGCCAGGGCACAUAGAACAUUGCUAUCCAUGCAGCCUUUGGGCCCCAGGGAACGGUCACCCUGUAAAGUGCUCAGAGUCGGAGUCCAGCACCUCCCCCAGUGGUGGCAGCUGUUCCAUGCCUGCUCUGUUUCAGCUCUUCUGAGACAGGGAGGAGGAGCCAAGGGAGCUGUGAAGGGGAGGGGCAGGAGGACUCUUGCAGGGUUUUGUAAGCAGCGAUCUAGUUUCAUUAAAAAAAAAAGCUACACAGUAAACAGUCAGCUUCUUGUGUCUGUCUGCCAGAAACCCUGACUGGGGAAGGUCAUGGGAGAGGGAGCCCAGUGUGGGACAGCAGAAAUGGGACACGAGUGACCAGGAAGCCUCCCCUGCAGCAGAAAUGAGGGAAAGCCUGAAAGCCGUCUGUCAGAGGCCUCCAUGCUCCGGAAGCCUUGACCUUGUUUCCAGGGCCUCUGUCACUUGUGCUGUGCUUGCUCCCUGACUUGGCCUCUCUUACAAGCCGGAAAGGUAGCGAGGCGCUAGAAGAUUAGUCUUAGCCUGCUGGUGGGUUGCUGUGAGUCGAUUGCUAGGGAUAAUACUUCAGGGGCGAUGAUACACACUGAUUCCUGGCUGGCUUGACUGGCAGCUAAUCUGUUGAAGUAGAGCUGUUCCCAGGGCAGACAGCUAGACUAGAGCACAGUAAAUAAAACAUUAGAUGAUAAAAACAGGAGGGGAUUAAUGUGGGCUCCUGUGGCUGCUUGACAUUUAGAAGUUACCUGGUACUAAAGGAGGGGAGAAUUGUAGGUAGAAGGAAGGAAGGCUCUGAGGUUGAGGUAAGUGAGGUAUGGGCAGCAGGAGGUCCUGCUGCUGUCCAAGGGUAAGGAACCAUUAGCUGUGCCUUGGGGAUCCUUAGGGCCGGAGUAGGGCCACCCCAAUGGAAUGUUGGCAUUUGGAGCCUGCUUUGAGGUUAGGAGUGUGGCAAGAUGAGGGAGGAGGGGGGGGGGGGACAGGGGGAGGGUUGGUGAGUUCACAGAGAAACUCUUGGGAAGGAAGACCUGAGAAGUGAGCUAUCGCCUAAAAGGCUAUGGGGAAGCUAGGGGGUCCUGAUAACACAACAGAACAACUGGGUAUGUUCUGUCAGGCUGUCCUGUGGGCAAGGAGAUUGGAAUUUACCCUAUCUGUGAUUACUAUGUAGCCCACUGCUCCCUAGAAGUGUAUCCGGUAAACCUACAGGGGCUGGGGAGACAGCUCCGUUAGUAAAGUGCUUUCUAGGUCACCAUGAGCUGAAUUUAAUCCCCAGCACCUAAUGUAGAAAAGCCAAGCAUGGUGAGCCCUUCCUCUCAGUGCUGGGGAGGCAGAGACACAAGGAGCCCAGGAGUUCACACACAAAUUGAACUGACCUAACUAGUGGGCCCUAGACUAAAACCCUGUUUCAAAACAACUCCUAAGGAUGAUAUCCAAAGUAAUCAAGCCUCUGCCCUCUACAUGCAUAUGUACGUAUCUGUAUUCCCCGUACGAAUACACAGGAUUACAAAGGGCCAAGAGAUGACUGAGUGAUCAUGUUCACUGUGAUGGAGCUUGCUCUAGACUGUUGUAAGCAGCAGUGAGCAUGCCAGGGUCGGUGGGCAUCCUGGGCCAUGACGCUCAGUGGGUUGCUGAGUUGUGGUAGGUGACCAUAGAAGCUGGAGCGGUGAGGCAGUCAGUGCUGGAGUGCGUUCUCACAAGUUCCUCACACUGACAUCCAUUCUGGACUGAAGAAGCUGUGGCUUCUCGUGGGAUUGCUCUAGUUGAACAUGCCCUCAAGCAGUUUUAUUUCCUUUUUCUUUGAAGGCUGGGUUUCUCUUUAUAGCCCUGGCUGUCCUAGAACUCACUCUGUCUCCUGAGUGCUGGGAUUAAAGGCAUGUGCCACCAUUGCCCAGUGAAGUGUGGUCUUUAAAAAAUUGUGUCUUACAGUUCUUCGGUAACAGGGUAAAUGUGAAAUCCGUUUCAACAACUAAGUAAGAGAUGGGCUGAUGUCUGCAGGUGUCUGCAGGUGCUAGUGCAGUGCCAGUGAAGGGAGAGGGGAGGUUGAGGGCAUGGCCUGGGACAUCCUGGGCAUAAACUGGUCCCCAAAGCUGGCCAGUACAAAGCCAUUGAGUGGUUGUUAGAUGUUAAUGUGCAGUUUUAUGAUCCACCUAAAAAGAUAGUGAAAGACAAGAUGUGGGAAAGCCUUUCUGGUCAGCCUGAAGUUGUGUGUGAAGUGUGUGGCAUGUGCACAGGGGAGCCCUGACAUACACCAGAGAUGUAAACACAUAGCCACCCCUCCUUAUAGGGCAUAGUUUGUAUAGUACCACCUCACAGGACAGUGAGAGAGUGCAUGCAGUUAGGGCAGGAAGUACAGGAACGGAUGUCUGGAAGUCCGCUGAGUGACCCCUCCACCCACCCCUUGUAUGAGGGAGCAUUCCCAGUCAGCCUAAUCUUGAAGGUUUCUUGCUAGUAGUUGCAGCUACUGUGAUGGAAGGUGACACAAUAAAAGCAAGCUUUCAUUUGGGGCUUGAUGGAUCCUAAAGGGCUCCAUCUUCCUGGACUCAUUUGUAGGCCACACAAUCCUAGUAGGUAGGGUCUAGGAGCAUCACAGGGUCUGGUGCCAAAGAGAAUGUGUUUGCUAUGAAGUGGGUCAGUGCUUACUGUACCCGAUGAACAUUUGAACCUCUGGAUGUUCAAAACUAUGUCCCUUAGCUGUUGAACUGACAGCUUGAACUUGCGCUUGAACUUGGAGUGCCAACUACAAGGUCACCUAGGUGCAGGGAAAUUAACACUAGCUCCCAACCAACCUAGUACCUUGGCUGAGCUGCAAAGCAUGCCUCUAGCCAGCAGGCGGUGCUAAUUCCUUUCUGCAGGUGAAUGUCAGAGAAGCCUAAGACUUGGCCUUUGCCUGUGAUUUUAAAGCAUAGUUUCAGAGACAAAGCUGAGACAGCAAUGGAUAGCUAAUGACCUCCUUCAUGGGUCUUGGGAGUGUAGGGUCAUAGUUAGUAUGGACUUUGGCAUCAAGCCUCAGUUUAACUCCUAACUAUACCUUUUUACAAUGAGUCUUGUGUCUGUCUCUACCUGUUUGUGGUGCCUACCUGGUAGUGCUAAGAGAGCUGGUAGUAAGCUAUUGCAAGGAGCACAGGGUGGCCCUCAGUAACCAGUGACUGUCCCUGCUUUGGUAUGGCUGUUGGUAACAGUUAAGGUGGCCCUUAGUGCUUGACCCUAAUGGUGUUAAGGUUUGACCUAACUUCUCCAUCUUUUUUUUUUUCUUGGUUUUUCGCAACAGGGCAGGGAUUCUCUAUAUAGCACUGGUUGUCCUGGAACUCUGUAGUCCAGGCUGGCCUCAAUCUCAGAAAUCUGCCUGCCUCUGCCUGCCUCUGCCUACCAAGUGCUGGGAUUAAAGGCCUGCACCACCAUUCUCUGGCUGACUUCUCCAUCUUUAAGCCCGAUGUUAAAACUUAAUCAAUCCAGCUGAGUGUAGUGGUGCACACCUUAAAUGCCAGCACUCAGUGGUAGGCAGAUCUGAGUUCAAGGCCAGCCUGGUCUACAGAGUGAGAUCCAGGACAACUAGGACUACAUAGAGAGUCCUGUCUUGCAAAAGCAAAAAGCAAGCUGCACAAAACCAACAGCUCAUCAGUCCAGCCAGGGAGGCAAGAUGAAGCAGGAUCCAGGCAGGACUGAAGCUUGAAGGAUUCCUCUGCCCGCCUAGCCCCACGCUAAGGAUUUGGAUGGCACACAUUGGAAAGAGAGAUUACAGUUCUCAUUGUUACAGCAGAAUUCUCUCUAGUCCACACCAGCACCUGACAGGCAAUUCCUCACCGCCUACAUUGGUGCUCUGGUCUGUCCUCUUGCCCUAAGUCUGUGGAUUGAGUCUCUGCAGGCUCCCCUCUCAGAGGCCUACAUCUAGACUUCUGCCUUUGGCAGGCUCCCCGUUCUCAUCCAGGCGGAAUGUCAACAUUGUCAGCAUUCUGAAGAAGGCCCCCACCCCAACCCCCAGAGUUCCCAAAUUAGAAGCUGUUUUUACUUCCCAGAGGUUUUGUUUUUAUUUUCAUCACAUCUGUGUGACUUUCUCCCCACCACCCCCCACGUUAGUUCAACAGUGACUUAAAGGAUAUAAAAAUAAAAUUUGGCAUUUUUGUUGUUUACUUUUAAAGACUGGUCUGGUAUUGCUGCCCAUUAUUGGAACAGAAAAGGCCUUUUGCAUUAAAUGUGCCUGCAGGAAUGCCUGGAUAGAAGCCACAUACCUUAAGCUGUAGCAGUGAACUCUGCAAUAAAGUAUCAUUUAUUUUUAUCUUA